GCCCAGGAAAGCAAGCAUUUGGGACGCUGCGAAAACCACCUUUGAUUUGUCCAAAGGUGUGUUUGCUUUGCCGGGGCGAGGCUAUCUCGCAUGUGGGGCACGCUCAGUUUAAAACCCCGGGGUCAUAAAACAAAAAGAGGGGGGCGGCCGGCCACCCGGGGAUCCCAGCGGGGCCACCCGGCCGCGGACCCGCUGAGGCCCUGGGGCUGAGGGAGCGGCCGCUGGGCUGAGGGGAGAGCGGCCGCUGGGCUGAGGCGGGAACGGCCGUUGGGCUGAGGCGGCCGCGCGGCACCCAUCACGGGCGGCGGGGCGGCUCGGUAACGGCGGUGGGGGCCCGCUGCCGGGCGGCUCGGCUCGGCUCGGCUCGGCUCCUUUCCCUUCCUUUCCCUUCCCUUCUCCUCCGUUCCGCUCCCCUCCCGCUCCCCGCCCCGCCCCGGGCCGGGGCUCGCCGCGGCGGCCUUGCUGUGAGGCGGCGGCCGCUCGCCCGCGGGGAGCGGGCCGCGAUGGUGCUGGUCCUCUUCCCCGCCUCGGCUCCCGCAGCUCCUCUGCCCCGCAGCUGGGCGCUGACCUCAGGACGGCCCGAGCAGCUGGGCAGGUAAUACCAGCUUGGAGUGCGUACAGGAAAGGGAAAUGGGAGUGCUUUGGGGUUCUAAUCAACUUCCCUAAGCUACUGUAAGAAAUGUGCCUCAGAACUUGUGGUGCAGAUUUGGAAGGCCACUGAUGUACUUCUACAAAUCAGUUACUGCCUAGUUCCAGUAAGUGUCAUGUAUGUGGGACUGUUACAAUGGAUUUUCUUGCUUCUUCUCAUAUUUUCAGUAAUAACAAUGUGGUACAUCACGUUUUCUUCAAACACUGUGACUGAACAUACAAACACCAUGUAUUUCUAUGAAUAUGAACCAGUUUACAAGCAACCGUACCUCUUCACGUCACGGGAACACUUGAAAUGCAAAGACAUAAAGCCAUUUCUAGUCAUCUUGGUGUCUUCAAGACCUAAUGAUGUGGAGUCAAGGCAGGCCAUAAGGAUAACAUGGGGAUCUCAGAGCUUCUGGUGGGGACAUCGGAUUCUAACCCUGUUCUUACUGGGUCAGGCAACUGAAAGAGAAGACAAGUCUGCAGCACUGUCAGUAGAAGAUGAAAGCAUCCUGUACGGUGACAUAAUUAGCCAAGAUUUUAUGGACACUUACAACAAUCUUACCUUGAAAACAAUUAUGGCAUUCAGAUGGGUGACUGAGUUCUGUCCAAAUGCUAGAUUCGUCAUGAAGACUGAUUCUGACGUCUUCAUCAACACGGGUAACUUAGUAAAAUUUCUUCUGAAGCUUAGCUCCUCAGAAACUGUUUUCACUGGUUAUCCUUUUAUAGGUAGCUUCGCCUACAGAGGCUUCUACAAGAAAACAUACAUCUCUUACGAUGAAUAUCCUUUCAGUUUUUAUCCUCCGUACUGCAGUGGCAUGGGUUAUAUAUUGGACGGAAACCUGGCUCUGAGGGUUUAUGAAAUGAUGAAUCAUAUCAAACCUAUUAAAUUUGAGGAUGUUUAUGUUGGAAUUUGCUUGAAUAUACUCAAGGUGAAUGUCAUCAUUCCAGAAGAACAACGGUUCUUUCUUUAUAAAAUUAAUUUUGAUAUCUGUAAGUAUAGGCAUUUGAUUGCGGUACAUGGCAUUAAGCCAAGUGAAAUGAUCCAGUUUUGGCAGGAUUUGUCAUCCAACACUUCAGUUACUUGCCUUUGAUUCUGUAUAAAUGUACAUGAGCUUAAAGCUGUACCGUCUUAAACUUUGAAUUGUACUGCAGAAGUGUUCAACUAACGCACAGGGCCACACGAAACAAAAGCACGGUUGUUGAGCUGACUUUGGCUGAAGGACAACUGUGCUGCUGGGGGAAAGCUGCGAUGGCAGCAUUUCCUUGGGACAUUCUAAUAUUCUUAAAUGAAAAUAUCAGGAAUUCGCAAGGCACUUUUCCAUGUGUAUAUCCUAUGCAUGCAGGAUACUUCGGAAUAUGCUGUCCUGUCUUGCUCUGAUGCUUCUGCAUGCUGUCUGCUGUAACCAUGGGAUUUCUGCCUGAAUCUCCUCGAAUGUAUAAAAUGUCACAGGAGUUAUGUUUAUGCCAAGAAACUAGCUUGGAAGAUGCUUCUCAGGGUACUGCCUAACUUGAUUUCUUUUGUUGUUUUUGUGAACUGCAUCAUCCUUUGCUGCCUUCAGGUAUUUGUUCUCUGCCCAGCACGAAACUCGGAGCUACCUUCUUACUGACACAUACCGCCUCUGUAAUCGUUCUGAGUGUUACAGGGCUCUGGAUUUGUAGGGUGUGCAGAAGCCAAGGGGAAGGUCUGAAAAUGGGAUGCACUCUGUGUGCAUGUGUAUGUAUAUUUAUAUACAUGUAAAACAGAAUUGAUUUGGUGCCUUACAAGUAGCAUUAGUAACGUUCACAGACCAUUAGAGGUCUGGCCCCAGAAUACUCCAUGUGCAGUUUGGGCCCGAGACAUCCCUAACGCAGUGGCAUCAUCAGGUACCGCAGAUAUCCGUACAUGUGUGUAUGUGCUUGUGUGCUGAUGCAUCCCGAGGGGUACUGGAACCACACUUCACAUCCAUUCAAAACUUUAUAUCCAUUUCAGAAAUAGUCUUCUUGCUUCAAGUUUUAAAAUGAAAGCAGUAUGAAGUUCUGGGCUUCUAACGUAAAGAAGACAAAGUGUACUGUAUCUGUAAAGAUGGGUAUUCUAAUCACUUUAUUCAUAUCGGCAAGACCAAGGUUUCAGUAGUUUACACUUCUAAUAGACAACAAUACAGAAUUUGCAAUUACAUUAACAUAAUUAUUCUAGACACAUCUACUACACAGCGGAGACUAUAGUUACAUCCUGUACAUCUAGAAUGACAGAGCACUGCCACUUUAUUUGUACUAUAGCUAACGUGUUAUGACAUAUUUACAUUUGGCUGUCUUUCAGAUAGUCUCUUAGAGACAAAUUAGAAGAGGUACAGAAGCCUCUGGUACCAAGACUGAGGUUUCACCAAUGUUUUUGUUACGUUGUGGUUAUGGUCAGUAUUGAAUUCUGCUGUCUUUUCAAUAACUGUACAUAGUUUUAUGACGGAAGUAUAGGACUUUUUUUUUUAUAUAUAUAAAAAUGAUGUAUUGGGGAAAAUACUGCCUAGACAAGUAUUUCAGAUUUCAGUGUUCUAAGAAUGUAUGCUAAGAGGGUCAAAGCUUUUCAAAAAUACAUAUAUAUUUUUGUUAAACCAAAUAGCUAAAGACACUGCAUUGCAUAACUGAGGAAAGAAUGCUAUUGUAGCUCCCGAAACAGAGGUAAAACUACAGCUAUUCCUAUUGUUUUAGGAUCCGUUAUUUGAUUGUUGUAGAACUGUGGUCAGAUCCUGAGAGCUCUGUGAGAAAUGGUUAACUUGCUCUUUGAUUGUUUAUACCCCUAAAUAAAAAAAAAAAGCAUUUUUUUUUUAAGCCUGCCAGGUAAAAUGUUUAGAAAUAAAUUGUUUGUCACAAGAACACUGAUACUACAGCAUAGUUUGUAUUGCUUUUUCAAAAAAAUGUGGUUAUGAAAGACUAUGCAAUCUUCAGCAACUGGGUAGAUAAAGCAGACAGUGCUCCUGGUGAGAGAAUAAAACCCAGUACCCGCGAUAAAUGGCUGUGCAGUGCUGCAGUAAAACUGUGACCGUCACCAAGCAAGGUAGUUUUAUAUUUGCACCCCAGGAUGAUAAUGCUGAUCAUAGAUUACAAGGCUUUUGCUUUCACAAACGCGGCUUUAUCACACAGUGAUCUGUUUAUGCCACCUGAAAUUGUCAUUUAAAGGGAACAUCAGUUCUGCAAGAAAGUUGCACUGCAAAGUAUUCCCGAUUCUGCUUUUUUUUUUUUUUCUGAAACGCAUUUCCAAAUCUAGUUUGUAUUUGAGUCUGACCUUAUUAUUGCUUAGAAGGCUGGAAAAACACACAACUAAGCUCAUGUUUCUGCUUAAAGCAAGCAUCGGGAGAGUUUCUAGUGUGAGCAGCCAUGCAACAGGUAAAAGAGCUUAACACUGGGAACUAAUACAAGCAUUUAAAUCAGUGGUGGGCCCAAAUUUUAUAGCAUCUGCUUACUGAAAAUGAUGCAUAAACCACAGGCUAAGAUUUUUCCAAAUCCUAAUAUUCUUUUUACCGUGCACGCAGGUGGCUCAGAAAGCCAUAUUAACAUAAAAUGCCAAGCAGUUACGAUGUUGAUAUGAAGAGUGUCAGGCUUUCUGUUUUGAAAAGCCUGAUAAUCCAUUGGUCAAAGAUGUUUGGGAACUACUUCAGGGUGAACAGCAAAAGGUUUACGGUCUGACAUUUCAAGCCGGUAUUGCCCGUACGUUGUUUCAGAGAGUUCCCAAGUCAAAAUGCUUCUGUGUGUUGUGUGCGUUUUAGAAUAAACAAGUUCAGUAUAAGCCACGAAGUGUGUGCUGCAAAUUCGGAGGCGUUAUUCUCUACAACCAGCUCAGUGUGAGAGCACAGACAGGUGGGCACAUCUUCCUAAGUUUUAUGGUACGCUCUCUAGUUAGUACUAAAAGAUGUCCGUGCAAGCGGUAAGUAACUCACAAACGGAUGUACAGUAAAUGAUGUAAUUUCAUCAUAUUUAAAA